UCCUCGGCGCCCACUACAUGGCCGGGCGCAACUCCCUGAGUCGCCAGAGUCUCGUGGAUAUUGUGAGCUCCAAGUUUGGCAUGUCUAGACCGCAACUGGGUCAGAGUAUAUCGCAGCAGGGUUUCUUCUCCACAUCGCGAGAUAGUUUAUCAGCACCGUGUGUUGUCACCCGAACCCCGCACUCGCAUGUCUCGGCCACGGCGUCGGAGAUGGACCUGUCCAGGAAGACACAGCGAAAGGAGCGCGGCCGACUGAAACAGGCGGAGCAGCCGCUGCUCAGCUCGUGGAAUCGCACCGGGACGCGGUGCAGCAACGCCAACACGAUAGGCACCAUGUCCAGCAAUCACCUCAACAACAGCGGCAACGGAUGCAAUGGCGCUGACAGGUCGGCACGGAGAUCGGGAUGCUCGUCUUCGGGCGCCUCUCGUGCGCGCCCCAGCGGCAAGUGGACGUUCGUGUUCGAUCCGGCCGGGCGACUGUGCUACUACUGGUCAAUGGUGGUGUCCAUGGCGUUCCUGUACAACUUCUGGGUCAUCAUCUACCGCUUCGCCUUCCAGGAGAUCAACGUGGAGUCCAUCGUGGUGUGGUUCUGCCUGGACUACUUCUCCGAUUUUUUAUACCUAAUCGACAUACUGUUCCACUUCCGCACGGGAUACCUGGAGGACGGCGUCCUGCAGACGGACUCGACGAAGCUGCGCCAGCACUACAUGAACUCAACGACAUUUUAUAUCGAUUGCCUUUGUUUAUUGCCGUUAGAUUUUUUAUACUUAUCGAUCGGAUUCAACUCGAUUCUGCGAUCAUUCCGCCUGGUGAAGAUCUACCGCUUCUGGGCGUUCAUGGAUCGCACGGAGCGCCACACCAACUAUCCCAAUCUCUUUCGCUCCACCUCGCUCAUCCACUACUUGCUCGUGAUAUUCCACUGGAACGGAUGCCUCUACCACAUCAUCUACAAGAACAACGGCUUCGGCUCCAAGAACUGGGUGUACCACGACUCGGAGUCGGCGGACGUGGUGAAGCAGUAUCUGCAGAGUUACUACUGGUGCACGCUGGCACUCACGACCAUUGGCGAUUUGCCAAGACCGCGCUCCAAGGCGGAGUAUGUGUUCGUCAUCGUUCAGCUGCUCUUCGGGUUGAUGCUCUUCGCCACCGUGUUGGGCCAUGUGGCCAACAUUGUGACGUCCGUGAGCGCCGCCAGGAAGGAGUUUCAGGCCAAAUUGGAUGGUGUGAAAACUUACAUGCGGAUGAGACGAGUCCCAAAUCAUCUCCAAGUAAAAGUCAUUAAGUGGUUUGACUAUCUCUGGCUGACGCAGAAGUGCUCCGAUGAGGAACGAGCUGUAUCGUGUCUUCCUGAUAAAUUAAAGGCUGAAAUCGCUAUAAACGUCCAUUUAGAUACACUUAAGCGAGUCGAAAUCUUCCAGAACACCGAGGCCGGCUUCCUUUGUGAAUUGGUGCUACGUUUACGACCGGUUCUCUUUUCGCCAGGAGAUUACAUAUGUCGCAAAGGCGAGGUCGGCAAGGAGAUGUACAUCGUGAACCGGGGACGCCUUCAAGUGGUGGCGGACAAUGGCAAAACCGUGAUGGCAUCGCUCAAGGCGGGCUCGUACUUUGGUGAAAUAAGCAUCCUUAAUAUGGGGACAGCAGGAAAUCGACGGACGGCAAGUGUUAGAUCUGUUGGGUAUAGUGAUUUGUUUGUGCUGAGCAAGAAGGACAUGUGGGACGUUCUCAAGGAAUAUCCGGCGGCGAGAGUGCGCCUCGAGGCGAUCGCAGUGAAGCGUCUGGAGAAGUACAAGAAAGCCCCGCUGGAGAAAGUGGCCAUGGGUCGCUGUCAAUCUACUCCAGGUUUAGUCGAGACGCGCGGAAGGACGCCAAUUGAGGAAAUGUGGUUAACACCUGCGCUUCCGGCUCCGGCGUAUAGUCAAGCAUCGACGUUCAGUCGUGCGCCGAGUCCGAGAUCGCAUCGCGGUGAGCCAAGCACAGAUCGAUCCCGAUUGCUGGAGUCACCAGGAUCGCUGAGCCCCAGCGCGCCCAGCCUCGAAGGAAGACCGCGCAGCCGCGCCGCGUCAUCGCAUUCCAGGACUCACUCGCAACAAAGAACGCAAUGCGGAAGCCUGACUCACCUGGAGUCAUCUGGAGCCACGCCUCUCCUGGGCUCUCACGAGGUGCUGGAGGACGAGGUGAAGCGACUCCGGGAGCGUCUGCACACGGUGGAGGCGGAAAACGCAGCGCUGAACUCGAAGCUUUCGCAGCAACAAUGGGACUUGGAGCACCGCCUGGCUGAGAUUGAGAUGCAGAUCUGCGGCGCAUCGUCGGCGUCCAGCAUCGAUCAGGAGAACGAGGCAGAGGAGAUUGAGCGGAACCGCGAGAGUAUCAUAUAACACGGGGGCGCGCUGCCCCAACAGGUUGCGAGGUAUGUCACCUGCAUGUCUUAAGGACACCGUGCGGGAGUCUGGAGAAUCCGUUGCGCUGCAAGACGAGCCUGGCUGUUGAGAUGGUGGCUACUGACGUGUUUGGGCAGCUCUCUUUCUUUCCCUAAACAUUUCAACUCCGAGGAGAACCACGCGCACUCACGUGCAAUUGUACAUAGGAAGUGGAAUUCUGUAUUUGUUCCAAAAUAUGGAAACUUUAUGUGUAAAUACAAAUGGAGUCUUUAGAACAUAUUCUAAUGAAUGUAGAGAGAAUAAUGAAAAAAACAGUGAAUUCAUUGUGUAUGAAAAGUCUUAGAUAUAUUGUCGUGAUUUCUCCAACAAAAUUACAACAACUAUAUAGUUACAUAAUGAUAUACAUUAGGUAUUCUCGAUUAAAUCAAUUUGGAGGACGAUUUUAGGCGAAAAAAAACAAUAUUGUGACAUUCAUAGUAAACGAUUGUAGUUGAGAUAGUUGAAAGUUACUAAAAGAGAAUCUAAUGACAUAAAACGGGUAAAAUAUAUUGCAUAUUAAAUUUCUCAGACAGCAAUUCGCAGUGUAGAUUUGCACUGCUCUCCAUAGAAUUGUUUCUUUUUUUCUGCCAUGAAUAUAUAUUAUAUAAAUAUAACAAAUAGGGACAAAGCCAUGUGAAGAAUGAGUGGAGAAAUUCAAUGAAAAUAUAAAGCUUUACCGAGAUUCCUUGAGGACACUGGAAGACAGUCUGUGUGGCAGUGAAAGAACGCUGAAGAGGUUAAACAGGAAAAUUACAUUCUUGCAUAUAUGGUUUCAUACAAUGAAGAACAUGGAGAGGGAGUUGAGUGAAUUCGUGAAAUAAAACUAUUAAUUUAAAAACUCCGCACAGCUACAAUUUUCCGAAAAGUGAAAUAAGUUUGCUCACACUCUGUGCUUCUCAAGGCAAAUUCAUCAAUUAAGAACCUCCUUGUGUUGCGCCAUCAUGUCAUGUGAAAGGAUAUAUAUCAAAAUAAUAAGUAUAUAUUUGCGGGAAAGCUCUGUGAAAUUUUCCGCAGAGAAAAUUGUAUAUAGCAAGAGAUUUUAGAAGACAAAAAAAUACAUAAGAGAAGUAUUGUCGUUAUGCCGAAUAUUUGUGAUUCGAUAGAUCGAAGAGAUUUAGCUCGAGAGAUUUUGUGGACGGGGAAAAAGUGUACAUAGAACCAAUUGCCUAAAGAACUUUGUGUUAGCCAGAAGAGUGGAAGAAUUGUUGCGGAGAAAAACAAGAGCAGUGGUUUUAGAAGAUCACUUAGGAUGGGAUUCCAUUAAUCAAUGUUGCACGCAUUGCCAGAGGGUCAAGUGGAUUACAUUUGACGUUGACAGCUCAUAAAAUCCAAUUGAAAAGAAUAUAUGUGAAAUGGGCGAAUUUUCUCUUGACACAUGCAAAUUUUCCACCCCUCAGAAAUGAGUUUCCAGUAUGGUUUUUCCGGGGUGGCACAAUAUGUAUUAUAAAUAUAUAAAAUACUGAAUGCGUCUUCUGAGCGGCACUGCCUGGAAAAUGAAGACCUCCUGUGCUUAGCAAAGUACAAAGACUUCUUUGUUGGCAGAGAUUUUCGGUGUUACUGAAUAGAAAGAGGAAUAAAUCUGUAGAUAGUUUCCGUUAUAGGUAUUAAAAUAUACAAGUUGAGAGUCACAAUUUCCCAUUUUCACCACAAUAUUCACAAUCUACACGGUCUAUGUAGCGUCACAGUGCCAUUGUUUGCGAUAAAUCAGUUUGAAACUAGCCCCAAAGAGUGAUUCUAAAGCAACACUGAGUAGGAAUUUAGGCCAUGAAUUAGGUAAAAUGUGGCGCGCGAGGGAAAAUUCAGUGGAAUGUGAGCAACAGCAAUUUAUUUAAAAAAUAAUUGUGCCUAAUUUCGAUGGAAAACAUCGCUCAUCGGGGAAAUUGGGCAAUAAUUAUACAAUUAAUUGAACUCAUUGAGCCUCCGUCGCCACGCCUCUCUCACUGCCAUUUAACAAAUUCCAUUUAUAGAUUGACAAAUUGGUGGUUGAAUGAUAAAUUUUUAGAUAAAAUGUGUAUUUCAAUUUGACCGACUCGCGCGAAACGAGUUGCCAUUUCACUUAUUAUAUGCCUGUGGAAAAUGUGCUACAUAAGAGUCAUUUUUGGAAUUUGAUAGAGAGUGUAAAUAUGAAGCACUUUUAAUCUACAUCCUCUCGACAGAAAAAAAUUGUAAUUUCACCUCUUCAGUAUGAUUUUUCAUCCACUUUUACCUUGCUUAUCUUAACCAACAAAGAGACGACACUGUGAAUAUUUCGAGCAUUUAGUUGUGCGCAUCUCCCUUCGACAAAACAGCCAAAAUGCACAGCGUGAAAGAGGAAUAAAUUCUUGAGUAUGAAUUCCCCGAGUUACCAAAAAAACGGGACCAAAAACGGUUACAUAAAAUAAUAUAGAGAAAAAGUGAAAAUAUCCAAAAAAAAGUACACAAUAAAGAAGUAUUGAAAUCGGACAAAUAAAAUGGAAAAUGCGAAAAGGAUGUGACAUAGAAUUUAUUCAGAAUAAAUAUUCAUAAUCUUAUUGUUUUGUCAUCACAGUUUCAAUAAGCUCACAAACCUUUUCCAAAACCGAUGGUAAACCAUAUGCAACUUCUGUAGCGAUGUCAUGAGAAUAACCACACUCACAAUAUCAAUUCUUUUCUUUCUCACAUUGUAAAGUCUACUUAAUAAAUAAAUAUUCCAAUUCAUCAUUCCGCAUUAGCAUUAGCAGGAAGAGAUCGAAGAGACACACAAAUUCGAGAAGAAGAAUAACAACUGUUGCAAAACAAAGUCCACCUUUGUUGAAUUUAGAUGAAUUUUCAAAUCAUCAAUGGAGAAGAAGAAAAGCGGGAAAAUAGGAAAAGAGCUAUGGAACAUGAUGUGGAAAAUGUGUGACAAUUUAAAUUUACAAUUUGUAAAUUUUUAAAAUAUUAAAUGCGCGGUAAUAGUGAGGUCUUUAUCAAACAGAAGGAGAGGGAGAUGAAAUAAUUCCAAAAAGAAUAAUACUGCCAAAAAGAAGUUUGAUACUUAAAAUUAUUGCAUUGAGGGUGAGGAGAAAAUUAUUACCAUUAAUUGAAUUAAAUCUAGAACUAUUUUAUGUAUAAUAAAUGAAUAAUGUAAUUAAACUGACAAAGAAUAAUCUGCAGAUGAAAUUUAAUUAUCGAAUUACCAAGAAUAAAUUUACCUAAAAAAAAGCAUGGGAGAAUUAAAAGAAAAUUCCCAUGAAAAGUGUGAAUUUUUUGGGAAAUCGAGAGAAAAUAUCCUUAAAUUUAACGCCAAACCAAGAGUGACAACUUUAUUCGUGUACAUAGUAAUUUUUGAGAGUAAAUAUCUUGACUUUAGAAAUGAUGAUGGAAAAGUGUUUGUCAGAGGAUUCAAUCCUCAGACGCUCACUUUCCAGGCGCGGAGGUGUUAUUUGGAAAAGGAAAGAAUAUUGGUGACGAAGAAGCAAAGAAAAAUUCAUUGAAUUGAUAAAGAAAUUUACUUUAAAAUCAAGUUAAAACUUACAUGAUAUUUGUUAAUAUAAACUACGUUUUCAAUACCAGAAUUUACUGUAAUUUCUAUGAAAUAUAGGAGAAAAG